CGCAGAAGGGCAUGCAUAUUCCGGAAGAUUCAGCAGGCCUCCCUGCGUUCAUAUUGUUGUUUCUCUCAAAGAGAUAGUUUGUUGCAAGUCCAAGCAAAAAAAUCAUAAACCUAUAGGCCUUAGACGCGUAUCGGUUUGAUUUCAUAUGAAAUGUUUUCAUGCUGAAUUUUCAAUGUUUAGAGAAGUCAAUGGCUAUUUUUCAGUCUCUUCCGUUUUUCGCAACAGCGGCAAAAUGCACAAGUCAGCGAAUUGUGUCACCUAUGCACCCGCAGAACGAUAAAAAAUUCCCCUGUUAAAAAUAUUAUAUAUGCUAUAUCAAAGGGCGUACCAAGUAAAAAAAAAAAUCAUUUCGCGUCAGCAAGUAUAAUACCGUUAUAAUUUCCUCAAGGCACAAUAUUUCAGUUGCUCAAAGCCGUUUACCGCAUAUGGGCUUAACCGGUUAAACAACGUACUCUAAUCACGUGAAGAGGGCUGGGCACCGAUCACGUGAGAAGUCAUGUGAUCUGUCCAAAGGCAUGUUGCGGUGUUUAGUGAGAUGGGUCGCUUUCCGAGUCAACGCUGAGGGAUGUUUUUGAGCCCAGCUGCCGAUCGCCGGGCCUUAGAAAGGCGUUUGCGGUCUGUCUGAAGUGGUGUCUCUCUAGGGAGGAGAUAUGAUACGAAUUUAAGAGUGGGGGACGCUUCUGUUGCACUAGCUCAGUUCAAUAAGCCGCCUUAUCUGAGGUGGGGGACAAGCUUAGCUCGACACUCGCUAAACAAACCUGACAUUUUCCCCCAUUCCAUCUCAGAGUUGCUGUCCAGGGUCGUAAGUCACCGCCUUCUAUAUAAACUGCUGAGGCUGUGAACUUUGUCAGUGUACCGUGUCGUAAACGUGGACAGUCGGAGAAGGUACCUGCGAAGUGGUUUCAUUUCCGCGUCCUUUUUUCUCGAGGGAAGUGUAAGCAGAACUCCAGGCAGGCACUGAAGCCCUCGGACCUCGCAGCUGACUCACAUCUUGUGUGGACGUUUAUGUGCCACCAUGAAGCAAACAGCGCUGUGGACGGUUUGUUUUUUGUUCUACGCCUGUGUUUGUCUGCAAUCCCCGCCAGGAACCGCACAUCCGCUUCGAGAUGAAGACCGAAGAGCUGACAUAAAGUUUGUUGACGCGAUUUCCAAGUUUCGGGUUGGGGUCUCCUGGCGAAACGUCAGCUGCUGGCUAUGUGAAGCAGUUUUUGCCAUCGUAGACGUGGCUCUGAUGAACGAGGCCAACGUGGAACGUGUGGCGCAGGCGGCGGGCGAGACCUGCGUGCGCCUCCACCUAGCUGAGGAGCACGUGUGCCGGCAGAUCGCGGAGCUGUUCCGUGACGACGUCAUCAACGCGCUGCAGCGGUCGGUGCUGUCGCCGUCCGAGGCCUGUGCCGUGCUGGUGGGCCGCGCCUGUGGCCAUUUCGAUAUCUACGCCCCCUGGAACGUCACCCUGCCUCCCAGGCCCAAACCCCCUGUGGUGCCCCCGCCCCCCCCCCGGCCGGGCUCCCCCCAGAGCCGGGUGCUGUUCCUCACCGAUGUGCAUUGGGACCAGGAAUACGUGGCGGGCAGCCCAGCCGACUGCAAAGAACCUCUGUGUUGCCGGAAUGACUCUGUGGUGUCUCGAUGGCCCCUUCGCCGCACCGCGGGAUUCUGGGGGACCUACAGCAAAUGCGACCUCCCGCUGCGCACCGUGGAGAGCCUGUUGGAGAACGCAGCCCGGGACGGACCCUGGGACUGGGUCUACUGGACCGGAGAUAUCCCGGCCCACAACGUGUGGGCCCAGACACGGGACCAGCAGCUGCACGAGCUCACCGUCGUGUCGCGGCUCAUCCGCAAAUAUCUAGGCCCCAGCGUGACUGUGUACCCGGCUGUGGGGAACCACGAGAGCACUCCUGUCAACAGCUUCCCACCGCCAUUCAUCCACGGGAACCAGUCGUCCAGCUGGCUCUAUAACACCAUGGCUGAGGAGUGGGCCCCCUGGCUGCCACCAGACGCAUUGCACACUCUCCGGCGGGCUGGAUUCUACACGGCACCGGUCCAGCCGGGCCUGAGAGUGGUCUCCCUCAACAUGAACUACUGUGCCAAGGAGAACUUCUGGUUGCUGGUGAACUCCACUGACCCGGCCGACCAGCUCCAGUGGCUCAUUGGCAUCCUCCAGCAGGCAGAAGACAAGGGGGAGAAGGUGCACAUUAUCGGUCAUAUCCCACCCGGAUUGUGUCUCAAGAGCUGGAGUUGGAACUACUACCACAUUGUCAACAGGUAUGAGGGCACCAUUGCAGGGCAGUUUUUUGGCCACACCCACAUGGAUGAGUUCCAGAUGUUUUAUGAUGAGGAGACCCUGACACGCCCCCUGGGCGUGGCCUUCAUUGCCCCCAGUGCCACUACCUACAUCAACUUGAACCCAGGUUACCGCGUGUACUACAUGGACGGGCAUUAUCCAGGAAGUUCCCGCUUUGUUCUGGACCAUGAGACAUACAUUCUCAACCUGACAGAGGUCAACAGCCACUAUUCCCACAGCCCGGCUCCCAGUCCCAAAUGGACCCUGCUUUACCGGGCCUCUGAAGCAUAUGGCCUGAACACCCUCUUCCCAGCAGACUGGGACAAGCUAAUUGGGAGGUUCCUUACUGAAGACCUGGUCUUCCAAAAAUUUUGGUACCUGUUCCACAAGGGCCAUGUAUCAGAGCCAUGUGUGAACACCUGCAAGACCACACAGGUGUGCUACCUGCUCAGUGGGCGAUCUGAUGACCCAAGCCAGUGCCAGCGUUUGCCCUUAGACGUCAAGGAGAUGGGGAAGACCCCAAAAAAGACUCUCUGCUGAGUUGUAUAGGUGGAAUGAGGUGAUUCAAAGGGUGAGAGGACAUCCCAUUGAGUAAAUCCUCUAGUAAUACCUUUAUUUGGGUGGCGGUGGGGAAGGGGGGGGGGUGCAGGUAUCUGCACCUGACUCUCCAAAAUGCUGUACAAAAUUCAAGUCGUUUUUUUCCUCAGAGUAUUUUUAAUUGAUGAGGAUGCAUGAGUCCAUGAAGGGAAUUAUUUGUAACCCCUGUUAUUCACCAGGAGAUGACACCGUGACGGGUCUCUUUGUCCGUCAUUUGCACUUAAUGGCCGCAGGUGUAGACCCAUGGCCAGUAGCAUGAUCUGCAUUCAUCUGCUGUCUUCUGAACCUGCAGUGGAGCCAAAGCUUAGCCGUUACCGGUGUGCGCUGUAUGUGGAUACCAUACCUUUUCAGCAUGAACCAAAAACAAGCUAUCAGUAGGAAUUGCAACGCAAAGCAGCUGUUGUGUGAUGUAGCAUGGCUGACACUGUCUAAUGAGUAUAUAAUUUGAAAAUGACAAUGCUACCAAUGUGUAUGAGGGAUGUGAGAGGGGGUAGUUUUUCAUUUUUUCUUCAAAUCGUUGUAGCACUUUUAAACACUCUCCCCAAUGCAUAAAACUGAAUGACACUCACAGA